AUGCGUCGCACGGCUCUCGUCGCCCUCAUGGGCCAGGUCGCUCUGGGACAGGUGACCCCACCGUUCCUCAACACCUCCACGACCUCCACCACGCUCAGCUCGUCCUCGACUUCGGUUUCGUCUAUCGUGACGGUCUCCUCCUUCUCCACAACCAUCUCUGGUUCCACCUCGUUGAGCACUCUCUUGACCACCUCAACCGGCCAGACGACAAUCAGCAGCUUGACCACUUCCUCUGAUGCAAGCACCACUGUGACGACCGAGGUCCCCAUCACGACAUCCGACGAGGUCACGACCAUUGACACGACCUUCAGCUCCGAUGAGCCUCCCAUCACCACUGAAUCGUCCGUAACGACCACGAUCGACUCCUCCGCCACCACCACUGGCACCGACAGCUCCACUGGCACCGACACCGCCACUGGCACCGACAGCACCACUGGAACCGCCUCGUCGACGUCCUCGUCCGCGACGGCCUCUGCCACAGUUGCCCCCAACCCCACCAAUGUUGGUGACUUCACUCUGCUCGGCUGCUUCGGCUCCACCACCGGCUUCCCUACCUUCGAACUGGUUCUGUCUGCCUCCUCCAUGACCCUCGAGCUCUGCGUCGCUUCCUGCCCCGCUGGCAAGCGCUACGCCGGUCUCUUCGGCUCUGACUGCUUCUGCGGUGACAUUGUCAGCGAUGCCACUGCUACCCGCGUCUCUGAUGACCAGUGCGACAUCACCUGCCCUGGCAACUCUGCCGAGAGCUGUGGUGGCCGCAGCACCGGCGGUACCCUGAAGCGCCAGCUCAUCUCUGCCGAGAUCCUGUUGACCAUCUACAUCCGUGUUGAUGGCGGUAUCGAUGUCACCACCACUGCCACCGUCACCACCACCUUCGUUGCCACCACCACUGCUACCGUCGACGGCACUGCUUCCACCGGCGUCACCACCAUCACUACCACCUACUGCCCUGUUUGCCAGGACUGCCAGGGUCCCUUCUGCUACAAGCCCACUCCCAACCCGUGCUCCAACGGCGAGUGCUUCGGCGUUCCCUGCUACGGUGAUGACUGCUACAAGAAGAUCGUUGCCUACGGUGACUACUGCGGCUACGACUACCCCUGCUACGGAGAUGACUGCCAGCGCCGUCUCGUCUGGAUUGAAGGCACCUGGUACCCUCAGGCCUGCUCUGGAUACGACUGUGGCCGCAAGAUCAAGUGCGUCUCCGGACAGUGCAACUACGUCGUUGUUGGAUCCGACUUCGAUUCCGAGAAGAUUGUCUGCUACGGCAACGUCUGCAAGGUUGAGGCCUGCUCCAGCGAUGAGUGCAACAAGAAGUACGUCUGCACCGACAACACCUGCGUCUUCGAGUCUUGCCCGUACGCCGAAGCCAACAAGAAGUACGAGUACAAGGAUAACAAGUACAUCGAGGUCUAUGGCUGCAACGGCAGCUGCCCCAUUCCCCAGCCUCCCGCUCCCAUCCCUUACACCCCGGCUACCCAGACCUUGCCCGCUGCCUACCCCCCGGCCACCGGCGCCCCUCCCGCUGGUUUCCCUCCUGGCGCCACCCCUCCUGCCGGUGCUCCUCCCGCUGGUGCUCCUCCCGCUGGUGCCCCUCCUGCCGGUGCCCCUCCUGCUGGUGCUCCUCCCGCUGGUGCUCCUCCCGCUGGUGCCCCUCCUGCUGGUGCUCCUCCCGCUGGUGCCCCUCCUGCCGGUGCUCCCCCGGCUGGCGCUCCUCCCGCUGGCGCUCCUCCCGCUGGAGCUCCCCCGGCUGGAACCCCUCCUGCCGGCAACCCCACCGGAACUGGCGCCGCCAGGCCUCCUGUCGUCACAGCUGGCACCAGCAAGUUCGCUGCCAGCUUCGGCGCUCUUGCCUUCAGCGUUCUUGCUGCCGCUGUCCUUCUGUAA